AUGGCGUUUAUCUUCCAUCUUGGACACAUCACCAACGAGUGUUAUGAGAAAUGCGGAAAAGUUCGAUGUCCAUUCAAUCUCUACGUGACACCAUUACAUCAAAAAGAUUUUCCACGACUCGAUCGAGCUUUUUUUACUAUUUAUGGUGAUAGUGGAUUUCAAUUUUCGAAAGAUGUCUGGAAGAAAUUAUUUCAGUUUUCAGCCAUUUUCAAUCCGGGUGACCGAACUCUUCGUGUCAUGGGCCAUUUUACUCAAUUAGGUGAGAAAGAACUAAGCGAACAAGCGCAUACAUUAGAAGUCUACUGUCAAAUUCCUCCGCAUUACGAAAUCGAUGUCAAUUGUUCGGAUAAUAAUAAUGUCAAUAUUGAAUAUUUCCAAAGUCCUCGUGUUAAUAUUCAAACGAAGCGUGGCGAAUGUACCCUGAAAAAUGUUGUCACAGUAUUGUUUACGGAGAGAGAAGGCAGUAUACGUGCGUCGAAAUUGCAAGGACCGUUUGUUCGAUUGAAAGUGGAAAACUCCGAUAUACGAGUGAAAAGCACGUACUCCGAGCACUUUCUCAUUCAAGGACAACAUGGAAAAUUUCGUUUGGGAAGUUUACAUGGCCACGGCAUAGUCGACUUAAACAGUGGAUCGAUUCGUAUAGGCGCUGUGGAUGGGGAUGUUAGCCUUCAAUGUGAAAAGGGUGAUAUGGAUGUGUUUUUCUCUGCGACAGGCUCGUCCACAAUUCGCGCGCAAAAUGGCGAUGUGAGACUGGGUAUCAUUGAUACUGUGAGCGUCCGUUUGAAUCUGGUUGGUAAACGUGUUCAAGUUGAUGAAGACGCAGAACACUUUCACAUGGAAACAACGAAAAAAGCCGGUAUUGUCCAAGUUCAAGGUUACAUCACUGAUCAAUCAUCCGGUUCAUCCAUCGAUGUCACGGCGUCGAAAGGAACAAUUGAAUUGAAUAUUUAA